UGGGUCUUCAUUAUGAAAAAAUACAUGCCUGCCCUAACGAUUGCAUGUUGUUUUGGAAAGAAAAUGAGAACAUAGAUAAUUGUGUUGUCUGUGGGUCUUCUAGAUGGAAAAGUGUUGGUCAUGCCUCAGCUAAUGCAAGUUCAAAAAUUCCUGCAAAGGUUUUAAGGUUUUUUAGUAUUCUAAUUUGUAGAAAGGUUGUGGAAAAGAGAGUAGUAACUUCACUAUUGAUAUAUUUGCGGAGCACACAAGGUGCUUUAUUGAGAUUAGAGGAUUGUUGUACUCAGAAUAAGCAAUCGACUGCCGCUUCAACUUCUUUUUUUUCUGAAAAUAGUGGAGGUGUAACUGUAAAGUCAUCGGAAGUAUGCAGUCCGACUCCUGCAUCACCAGCUCAUCG